GCACGUCGCUCCCGUCCACCCACUCGCCCGCAUUUAACCCGGGCCCGUCGCCGCCCGCCGACUCCUCAGCCCUCGCCGCCGAGGCAUGAGCUGCCCGUCCUGAGCCCGUCCCCGGCUUUUUCCCCCCCUUCCCCCCCCCCUGCCCCCCGUUAAAACCCCCCGUCGCAUCCCACCGCCAUGGAGCGGAUUCCCAGCGCGCAGCCCCCCCCGCCCGCCGCCCCCGUCUGCCUGGGCAAGCUGCCCGCCCUGGAGAGCGGAGACCUGCCGGGGCUGGACUUCGCGCACAUGUACCAAGUUUACAAGCCCAGGAGGGGGUUAAAGAGGAGCGACGACAAUAAGGAGACCUACAAGUUGCCGCACAGGCUGAUCGAGAAGAAGAGGCGCGACAGGAUCAACGAGUGCAUCGCCCAGCUGAAGGACCUGCUGCCCGAGCACCUCAAGCUGACGACUCUAGGUCACUUGGAGAAGGCUGUGGUUCUGGAGCUCACCUUGAAGCAUGUGAAAGCACUAACCAAUCUGAUUGAGCAGCAGCAGCAGAAAAUAAUUGCUUUGCAGAACGGUUUACAAGCAGGUGACCUGUCAUCAAGAAACCUUGAUUCCAGCCAGGAAAUGUUUCGAUCCGGUUUCCAGAUGUGUGCCAAGGAAAUGCUGCAAUACCUGGCGAAGCAGGAGAACAGCAAGGACCUGAAGUCGUCCCAGCUGGUCAGCCACCUGCACCGAAUGGCCUCCGAGGUGCUCCAGGGCGGAGCUGCCCGCAAGGCUGGAGACAUCCCUCCUAAAAUGGUGGACUUGAAAGAGAAACCUGUCUCCUUGACCAAAGCGGUGGAGGGACACGGGAAGAACUGUGUGCCCGUGAUCCAGAGGACAUUUGCUCACUCCAGCGGGGAGCAGAGCGGCAGUGACACGGACACGGACAGCGGGUACGGGGGGGAGCUGGAGAAAAGUGACUCCAAAUCUGAGCAGCAGUAUUUCAAAAAGGAUACUGAACUCAAGUACACUGUCCAGGAGAGAAUAAGCUCUAUUAAGCAAGAGACUGAGGACCCGCCGGCCAAGAGGAGCAGGUUGGAGUCGCCGGAGGAUGAGGGCCCUUUUGGCACUGACAUGAUGGGCUCUUCCAGCAGCUUCCUGGGCCCCCACGCUCACCAGCCCCCCUUGUGCCUGCCUUUCUAUUUGAUCCCACCAUCUGCUACAGCCUACCUGCCCAUGCUGGAGAAGUGCUGGUACCCAGCCUCUGUACCUGUCUUGUACCCCAGCCUCCCGGCCUCUGCCACAGCACUUACGGGGUUCAUGAACCCCGACAAAAUCUCCCCACCUCUGCUGAUGCCCCAGAGACUCCCUUCUCCUGUACCGACCCAUUCCCCUAUCGACUCCUCAGCUCUGCUUCAAGCUUUGAAGCAGAUUCCUCCUUUGAACUUGGAAACCAAAGACUAAGAGCAGUAUGACACUUUUUUUUUUUUUUCCUUCCCCCCCCCCGGCCCCGUGCCCUGUUUAAGACUGUUUAACUUUUAUAUAUUGGCUGGACUGAGGUGUGGGGGUGAGGUUCACUGCACGUAGGAAGCUAAAUCCCCUUUUCUCUGCCGUGUCAGGUAGCUUGGAGAAGGAUGAAGGAUGCACCCAGGUUAGCGACUCACAACUAUUCCCAAAAGGAAACAAAACCAGAAGGGUUUUGUGCUUCACCCCUCCCCUCCUUCCCUCUCUGCAUCUACAGAACAACAGUUGACGGGGUCAGCUGCAACUGUCUUGCAAAGCUGUGAAAAAGUAUUGCUUUGGGCAGGCUUGGGGUAGGGGCUGUGACUACACAGAUACACGGUACUUCUCAUGAGGGCUUUUGAGGCAAUGGCCCCAACUGCUGGUGGUGUGAGCUGGUUCAGCGCCCCUGGUGUCACCUGCCACCAGUGCCACCAAAAGCAUAGGAGGAGCAGAGCAGCAGUCACUGGUUGGUCACGCACAGUCAGGUAGACUUAAGACGGGUUUUACCCCACACCUUUGCUGAUAUAUAUAUAUAUAUAUAAUUUUAUUUUUUAAAUAAAUAAAAAGUAGAUGCUGCUUGGAAGCUUUACAUGGCGUACAUCUAAUAAAUAAAGUAACACGCGCCCCUUCCUGUAACUUGAGCUGCUAGUUUGGGCUGGGGAGGGGAGAAAAUAUCCCAAGGAUCACUUUGCUUGUUGCACCUGACUCCAGGCCUCUCCCCCACUGCUGCUGUACAGUCUUGCUGGGUCUGGUCUGUUGGAAAUGAGAAGGGUUUGAGGAGUCCUGUCAGCGGGGUCCGGCCGCCGCCCGGCCGGGCCAGAGCUCAGCCCAAGUCUCCAGCACGAUCCUGCUGAAUGUGCCCCUGUCAGUGCCUUUGAAAAACUAAAAAAAAGGCUGGGAUUUUCAAAGGAGUCCAAUCCCGGUGGGGUUUGAGCAUCUGAAUUCCUUAGUCUCCUUGGCAAGCCCUGGCCCACAUCACUGUAUUCAAGAACGAGGGCUUAGGGUGUUGAGACUUGUCCCGUUAAGCCGUGAGGGUCUUUCUCCGCCAGGAGCAUCGUGUCCAAUUUGGCUUUCUUCUUGUUAAACAAAACCAAACAACUUCUCUGCAAAAUGCAGUGCUGUUUGUCUUUUCUUACUGGUUUUGGGACCUCGUGUCCAGAAGCUCUGUUGUACGGAUUUUCAGUUUGCCCUCCCAUUGCACCAGCUGUUGAGAUGCACUAUGCUUGAUUGCAGAUUGUGUUCUAACGUUUAUUUUGUCGUUGGUUUUUGUUUUUUUGGUAUACAGUUGUUGCCUUUAUUUGUAAAAUCCUGUUAUAAAUAUAUAUAUUAUAUAAAUAUAUUAAAAGGUAAAACGUUUCAGACGUCUAUUAUUUGUAUAACUACUUGAGCAUAAAGAGGUGAGAAAUACGAAUGUAUUCUUGUUUCUGGGAUGUCUUGGUUUUUUUUUUGAAGAGAAGAAUUUUUUGUUUUUCUCUAGGGAGAGGUACAGUGUUUAUAUUUUGGAGCCUUCUUCAAGGUGGGAUAUUGUACAUAUUUUUAUCUUGAGUAAAUGUUAAGUAGUUGUUUAAAAAUACUUAAUAAAAUAAUUCUUUUCCUGUGGAA